GUAGCUGCCAUUGACGCAAAAUGGCGAUGGCUGCCGCCUGACCAAAACACGACUGAAGCGCGUCAAAACUCGUAUUUAAGCGGCAAAAUCGUUGUUGGGAAGAGGAUAUAGAUUUAUUUGUUAGUUGCAGGAGACGUUUAAGGCUGAAUCAUGACCGAGCAGGCACCGACUCCCAGCUCGGAGGGCAUCGUGGGGCUGGAUGAGCCCAAAAAGAUGACCCGGGAGGACUGGAGGAAGAAGAAGGAGCUGGAGGAGCAGAGGAAGCUGGGAAACGCUCCAGCCGAGGUGGACGAGGAGGGAAAGGAUAUCAACCCUCACAUCCCACAGUAUAUUUCAUCAGUGCCAUGGUAUAUUGAUCCAUCAAAGAGGCCCACAUUGAAGCAUCAAAGACCACAGAGUGAAACUCAAAGCCAGUUCUCAGCCAUUGGAGAGUGGUACAAAAGAGGCGUACAAGAGGGUGCACUUGUCACAAAAUAUCGUAAAGGUGCUUGUGAGAACUGUGGGGCCAUGACGCACAAGAAGAAAGACUGCUUAGAGCGUCCCAGGAAAGUUGGAGCCAAGUUCACUGGGACAGGCAUUGCUCCAGAUGAACACAAUCAGGUGCAGCUCAACAUGGAUUACGAUGGGAAGCGCGACCGCUGGAAUGGCUACGACCCAGAGGAACACCAGCGGAUCGUGGAGGAGUAUGCCAAAGUAGAUCUGGCAAAAAGGACCCUGAAAGCUCAUAAGCUUCAGGAUGAGCUGGCCUCUGGGAAACUGGACCAAACCGAGCGUGAGCAUGACAGCGAAGAUGAGGACGAAGACAAGUAUGCUGACGACAUCGACAUGCCGGGUCAAAACUUUGACUCAAAGAGAAGAAUCACCGUCAGAAAUCUGAGAAUUAGAGAAGACACAGCUAAAUACUUGAGAAAUCUUGAUCCGAACUCGGCAUACUACGACCCCAAGACCCGAGCUAUGAGAGAGAACCCACAUGCCAACACUGGCAUGAACCCAGAAGAGGUCCAAUACGCUGGAGACAACUUUGCUCGCUACUCCGGGGAUACAAUCGCCAUGGCCCAAACGCAGCUGUUUGCCUGGGACGCGUAUGAGAGGGGCUCCGAGGUGCAUCUGCAGGCCGACCCCACCAAGCUGGAGCUGCUCCAUAAAUCCUUCAAGGUCAAGAAAGAAGACUUUAAAGAGGAGCAGAGGGAGAGCAUCCUGGAGAAGUACGGAGGCCGGGAGCAUUUGGACGCGCCGCCUCGCGAGCUGCUGCUGGCCCAGACAGAGGACUACGUGGAGUACUCCCGCCACGGCGCCGUGCUGAAAGGACUUGAGAAAGCUGUGGCUCGCUCCAAGUACGAGGAGGAUGUGCUCAUCAAUAACCACACUUGUAUCUGGGGUUCAUACUGGAAGGACGGCUUCUGGGGAUACAAGUGCUGCCACUCGAUGGUCAAGCAGAGUUACUGCACGGGAGAUACCGGCGUUCAGAUUAGCAACUCGGACUGUGUUCCUUUUGAAGAGGGCCUGACUCAGCCGGAGGAGGAGGAGCAGCCCAAGUCUCUGCUGGAAAUGCAUCGGGACAAGCUGAAAGAGAAGAAGAAGAAAAAGAAGAAUAAAAAGAACAAGAAGCACAGCUCUGACAGCAGCGACUCGGAGGAUGAAGAGAAGAAGAAGGAGAAGCUGAAGAAGGCUCUGGAAGCGGAGGACAAGCGGGUGAAGCACAUCGAGGUGAUCAUGCAGCUGGACGAAAGGAAGAGGCCGUACAACAGUCUGCAGGAGGUGAAGGCUCCCACCGAGGAGGAGAUGGAGGCCUUCCGCAUGAAACGCGCCCGGCCAGAUGAUCCCAUGGCUUCUUUCCUGGGACAGUAACCUCCUUCCAUUCCCCGCUGACUCCCCCCAAAUCACCCCCAGAGGACUUUACCCAAACAGCUUCUAAAAUAACAGUGUCACACUCUUAAACUGGACAUUCUACCCCUGCAGUAAGCCAGGCUGACUGGUCACAGGACGCUGGAGGAAACCGCCGUGUUUUAUAAGUUUGAUAGCUUUUCGUCAUAGAAAGUUCUGGUCUGUUUAGCUUUAGGACAAACAUGAAAUGUGCUUCAUUUUUGAGACUCAAAUCGCAUGUAAAUAUGAGUAUUUCCAUUGAUGGUCUUUAGAAGAACAUUUCAGACCAAAGCUAAACCCAGGCGCAACUACUGCUUCUGUGAUUAAAGCAUUUUUAUAAUGAAACAUAUUUGUCCAUUUUCUGAAGUGUCGCUGUAACAUAAGAUUCACCGAGAAAAGGUCUGAUGGUUUUCCACCAAAUGUGCAUUUAAAAAAGACUGGCAAGAUUUACUUAUUUUACCCCAGAGACUGAAAUUUCAUGACCUCAUACAAAGUUUAAAUGAAAGUUUGUUUUAUGUAAUCCGUUCUUAGAAAUGAUGUCAUUGUAAUAUGUCCAAUUAUUGAUUUAUUUUUCUGAGAGUAGUGAAACUGCUGAAGACUACUCCACCAAGCAGCUUCAUGAAACGUUUCCAUGAAACAAGCUGAAUUAGUAAUUAUGAUGCAUUCUACCUGUCAGUGCUUUCUCAGCACUAAAGUCACCUCAAGACAAACUACGCAUCCCUUUCAACAGGGAUCAUUAACAAGCCACUGCAGCCUGCUGGAUCGGCCAGUUUUUAUUCCUCAUGCCCUUUUUGCAACAGUUGGGUUUCAGAUCCACGUCCCCCACACUCAAGGUCAAGCAGACUUAACCUGAUGAUGAGCCAAGACAUGCAAGUCAAUGAGCUAAAUUGGGCAUGCCUAAAGUCUGACCCCAGGGUCAAACUCAGCCCAAGGUCGGCUUCUAAACGGCUUCGCCAUCAUUACUAAAACGUUAACUCUUUCUGCAGUUGCAUUAAAUGAGUAAAUGCAACAUGUUGCUCCCAUUCUGGACUCAUCAUGAUUGUAAGCAGACAUACUGUAUUUCGUAUGUAUGAACAAUCCCGACCUUUGGGUUCUUCU